AUGCUUUUAAUAUAUAGUUAUUUUAUUCGGCCUGAUGAUUCAUUGUCUUUUCAUGUCGCACCGCGUGGUAGACGGAGGCUGAUUUACAAGCCAUCUGUCUAAGUUGGAGAGCAGAAAAUGGCAUCAACUUUAUACGAGAACGUGGAAGAUUGGCACUCCAAUGAGGAACGCAAAGACUUACUCUCAUCAGGCGAAGUAGACGCACUUCAGGUCAAAGGAGAUGUUGAAGAAUACGAUCGCGGAUUCGAAGGAAUAUGUCCAAAACAAGAACCACAAGAUGAAAUAACAGAAAUAGAACUGCAUGGUGUGGAUGGAAAUACAAAGGAAAAUGGACACGAGUAUAGUUAUAAAAACGGCAACGAUAUUGAUGAAGAACUCGAUGAAGAUGAGGUUAAUGAUGAUGAAGACGCAAUGAAUGGCAGUGAGGGCGACAACAACGAUCAGGACAAAGAGGAAAAUGUCGAGUUACUUGCCAAGACGACCGAAGAAGAGGCCACAUCGUCAGUACCUUAUUAUGGGAAAACUCUAGUAGCUCCUGAGUAUAUGAAAUUUCUUUCCCCCGAAGAAACUUCUCUGGCAGGAGAGGAAGCAGAGAAAGAUUCUUCCCAAAGCACUUUACUAAAUGAAUUUAAAGAUCAAAUCAAAGAGAACCGCAAAGAAGACCAGAGCACAGAAGAAACAUCCGUUCAAACUGUUGAGAAUGAGGAAGAGGCUUUGGAGGAGGACGACUUAAGUUCGUCCAAAGAAGAACUGGACGAAGUUGAAAAUGAUGUUGAAAAAAGCGAAGAUGUAAGACACUCUUGUCCCGUCGAGGGGGUUGAUCAGAGCGAAGAAGACGAGGAGAUAGUUGAGGAGGAAAAAGAAGAGGAAGAAGAGUGGGACGAUUCAAGUAAUGGCUCAAAGCUUACCCCACUGGAGGAAAAAGGUUCCCCACAGCUAGCUCAAGAAGACGACAAUGAAGACCAAAGUGAAAGUGAGGAGCCAGAAAAAGAUGUUGAAGACAUUGGGAUCAAGGAGGAGGAUGAGAAGUUAGUCAACGGCGAGGAUGCAGGAAUUUUAAAAGUGGAACAAACGCUUGAAAAAGGGAGCGAAAUCAGUCCCGGAUUAACUAAAGUAGAUGAUGAAAACAGCGACAGCGACGAGGAAAUAGACAUUGAGCGUGAAGAAUCAGCAGGUCGAAAGCAUUCCUCUUCCCUGAAAGUACACGUUCACUCGCCAACUCCAGAUAUAAGCGAAAUGGACCCUGCUUCCCAGUCGUUCGACGCUGGAGAGGAUGGGAAUGGCGGAAAAGACCAUGUUACCAAUCAACAAGAGACGAUGCAAGAGCAGUAUUUAAAUGAAAUUGACGAAGAAGAACAACAAAGAAACUUGUUCAGUAAACCAGUUGAAACUAAUGAGAUUUACCAAGAUGAAGAUGACCUAGGACACGAAGCAGUUGAUGGUGAGACCUACCAAGAAGGAGAUUCAGAGGAAAAUGGCGAGGGUGGCGAUGAGAACGAGGCGGAAAGCUGUGAAAGUGACCAAGAAGCCGCAAACGUAGUAAAGGACGAGACGACUGCUACAUCCACAGAGGCGCCGUUGAAAGAAGAAUACGAUGUUCAUUUUAGUUUACAUGGACAAGAAAACGAGUCGGACCUUACCGGAAGAGUGAAGGAGCUGGGAAAGAUGUUCGAUGGAGGUGGUCCAGUAUUUCCUUCACCUGGGAGGAAUAACUCUGAGGGAGUCGAUGGGUCUCCGAUCAGUGUGCGUAAAUACAAAGCAAUUUUUGAGCAAGACCAAAUGUCGGUUCAGGGUGCUCGAGACCCAGUUUACCUUCCUUCAGGACGAAGAGAAGAAUUGAUCAAUCCUCCAAGAGGCAUUGUGAAAAAUUUGCUAGGACUCUUUGAGAACCCUCAAGGCUUUGAAGCAAGGAAAGGGUGAGCUGAACGCCCAAUGAAGAUCGGUGGAUAUACCUCUUAACAUGAUAUUUUAUCUAGAAGACAGUUAAGCAAGUAAUAUAAAUAAACUUUAUUAGCAGUAAUCUUUUACAUGGAUAUAUUUAAUAUCAGUAUCCAGUUAUCUAAAAUAGCCUUAAGCCAGUGCUUUUAAGAGUGGAGCUUUUAUCACGUCAACUUUUUGUGGCAGGCAGUGGGAUACAUGAAGCGGCGAACAUUUAUGGAGAGAAGCCUUGGAGAUUAAUUUUUAGGCUUUAGUUAAUUUUAGAUAAAGAGCUUCGGGAAUAAAUUAACUUAGAUUUUACGUCCCGGAGAAGUGAAAUAGACCAUAGAACAAUAGCUCAACAAAUCCUAAAAUAAAAGCUAGCAGUUUAGAACUAAUUAAUCAACACCUAAAAAUGGCUCAGUGAAAACGGAAAAAAAAGAAUAUUCAAAAGAGUGCUUAUAUCAAAAGAUGAGAGACGAUUCUCGAUUUAAAAAAGGAAUUUUGCAGCUUUUUAUGUGGAUAACCGUUAUAGGAAUGGAACCAGUUCGGCAAUUAUCGUCUAAGGAUUUGUCCACAAUGAUCCAUGGACAAAAUAGAAAAAUAAAAUGCAAGAGUAAGGUAUUGGUUCACUCUUUAAUUUUUGAUGUUUUUCUUAAAAUUAUAUGAAGUCAAAAGAAAUACUUAUGUUUCUUAAAUAGCACGUAAAGAUAAAUACACUUAUGCAAUAUUAUCAGCGUAUCAACUCAUCUGAAUGAGCGAAUAUUAUCCGAGCGAAUAAAAUAUAAGGAGUCUAAAAAGAGUACAGUUAAUGGUUUGAACCCAGGAAUAACAUUUAAUCGAGUAGUCUGAUCGUCCGGGAGAGAAUAGUAAAAAGUACUGUUAACGUU